AUGUAUCGUCAGAUCUUAAUUACACCAGCAGAUAGAAUAUAUCAAUAUAUUUUAUGGCGUUUCUCUCCAGACGAACCCAUUCAAAUUUAUCAACUUAAUACAGUUACCUACGGUAUUGCUUCUGCGCCCUUUCUAGCGCUUCGAACAAUCUUAGAGUUGUCUAAUUUAUAUUCAGAAGAGUAUUCACAAGCUUCUCAUGUCCUGAAACAUAACGUUUAUGUUGAUGAUAUUGUAACGGGUGCCAAUUCGAUUCAAGAAAUACUUGUUUUACAAAGGGAUUUAAUUGAACUUCUUCGACAAGGAGGAUUCAAACUCCGAAAAUGGGCAAGCAACUGUUCUGACGUCCUCGAGUCAGUCUCCCAAGAUGAUCUGCAACCUCCUUUGUCCCUAGAUCCAGAAUCCAAUUGUAUUAAAAUCCUUGGCCUUCAAUGGGAUCCAACUAAAGACGUAUUUAAAUAUCAUUACUCCCCACGUUCCAAUUCCAUCACCAAACGUCACAUACUUUCCGAUAUCGCCCGUAUUUAUGAUCCCUUGGGAUUCCUUACUCCUUGCACCUUUAAAGCUAAACACAUCAUUCAACAGCUUUGGCAAUUGCAAUGCGACUGGGACGAAAUUCCCCCGGAUUACCUGGUAAAUCAAUGGAAAUCCUUUAAACAACAAUUAUCGUUAUUGUCAAACUUUGAAUUACCACGAUUUAUAUCAUCCGAAGAUUACUUAAUAUGUGAACUCCAUCUUUUUUGUGACGCGUCUGAGAUUGGAUACGCUACUUGCGCUUAUUUAAGAUAUCACACAAUUGAUAAUUCCAUCCGUACCUACUUCAUUGGCGGUAAAUCUCGCGUAGCACCUCUUAAAACAAUUACAAUUCCUAGAUUGGAAUUGUGCGGAGCAACUCUUCUUGUUGACUUUCUUGAAACCAUUCAACCGAUUCUUACAUCUGUACUUAAAAUUAAAUCUAUCACUGCUUGGUCGGAUUCACAAGUAGUUUUACACUGGCUGAAUUCUGUUCCUAAUAAUUGGAAAACAUUCGUAGCGAAUAGAGUGGCUCAUAUUCAGAAUAUUUUACCUGCUAACUGUUGGCGGUAUGUUCCGUCUGCUCACAAUCCAUCUGAUUGCGCCUCUCGAGGUCUUAAUCCGGAGCAACUUCUCAAUUCUGAUAUUUGGUGGCAUGGUCCUCGAUGGUUCUUGGAUCAUGAUCGAAAUUGGCCAAAUAAUCCUUGUGCUAUACCGAAUGAGAAAAUUAAUUUGGAGAAAAGAGCAUUACAACGAGAACGGGAGUUACUGGAGCGACAGAGAACCCUUGAAUUAGGUACUGAGGAACGACAAAUGACACCAACAGGUAACAUGUCACAAUUAUUACCAGAAUUUGAUCCAGAUAAACUAGACGGAUUAACAGCACCACAAUGGAUUCAAAAAGUGGAACAUUCAAUAGAUUCAUUUCAAUGGAAUCAUAAUAUUGUACUGUUUAAUGCCAUCUCAAUGUUACGUGGAGCCGCAAAGCUCUGGUUUGAAGGAUACCGAGGAUCAUUGUCCGAUUGGCUUGCUGGAACCAAAUUAUUACUGAUUUUCCUACACUAA